GGCCGUAUGUUUUGAUUGCGGAAGUGUGCAGUACCACAACAAUACGCAGAGGAUGGCAGAGGAGGCAAUUUUCGAGUUUUUGCAUUCCGAAAUCGUGAAUUACACUUUAAACAAAGAAAACGGUAAGGAAAAUGAUCUCUCCACGCUAGAAUACAUCGGGUACACGACCGGUUACCGAAUAAUCGAACGCUUAACGCGAGAAUGGCCCCGAUUUAAGGACGAACUCGAUACGAUGAAAUUCAUUUGCACCGACUUUUGGAGCUCCAUCUAUCGGAAGCAGAUCGAUAACCUACGAACAAACCAUCAGGGAGUGUACGUGCUUCAGGACAAUGCAUUUCGCUUUCUAACCCGCUUGUCCGCUGGUUCACAGUAUUUGGAGCAUGCACCAAAGUUUGUAGCGUACACCUGCGGUCUGGUGCGAGGCAGUCUUGCCAAUCUGGGAAUUACGAGCACCGUUACCGCCGAAGUUCAGACAAUGCCAUCGUGCAAGUUUCAUAUACAAGUAAAUCGUACCUAGAAUCUAUCUUCCGAAACAAAAAAUACAAGAGGAAAAUCUUUAAGAAUAAAGAACAACAGU